UCAGUUCCAACUUCCACGCUGGCAAAAAAUAAUAAUCAUAAUACGAAACACGCGGACACUCCGCGCAGACACCCAAAAGGCCUCGAGAGAUUCCAACGAUCCAGCUUGCUCAGCUUCGGAUAUAACUCGUUCUGUUGAAUAAAAUUUCAUCGCGUGUAUGCCAAGAGCGAGCCUCCGAGUGACCGUUGUGCAGCCGCGAGCCAGUCUGCUUGUCGAUUAAUUUUUCACUCAUUCACUGACGCGAAUAGCUAAAUAUGGCUAAAAAAUCAUCAGCCGAUAAGACGGCUGCAGCCGACGAAAAUGUUGAUAAGUCAACCCCGAAGGUCGAGGAGGAGCCAGACUUCAGCGACCCGGAAGAUUACAUUGACGACAUCACAGAUGAAGAACUCUUGGGAGACUUGUUAAUAUCAAAGCCCUCUGAAACAGAUGGUCAUGAAACUUUCAUUGUGGUCGAUGGUAUCCCUAAAGUUGAGCCUAAAAGGAAGGAAAAGCUACAAUCAGUUAUAGAAAAAAUUUUGAGCAAAUUUGGAACUAUUAUCAACAAGUACUAUCCUGUGAAUAAAGAAACAGGGGAAACCUUGGGGUAUGCUUUCUUUGAAUUUAGCACUCCUCAAGAUGCUUUGACAGCAGUUGAAAAGGGCAAUAACUAUAAACUAGAUAAACAGCACACUUUCAAAAUAAACUUGCUAACAGAUUUUAAAAAGUUUGAAAACCUUUCUGAGGAUUGGGAACCACCAAGCCCACAGCCUUUCAAAGCUGCUGCCGAUUUACACAGUUACUUACUGGAUCCAGAUGCAUAUGAUCAAUUCUGUAUUGUUUCUGGGCAACCUGGAAAUACCUCAGUUCAAGUUUGGCAAAAUUGUCAACCUGAGCCAAUGAUAGUGGAAGAUCGUCCUCGCUGGACUGAAACAUGGACAAAAUGGUCUCCAUUAGGUACUUACCUAGCCACUUUUCAUAAACUUGGUGUUGCACUUUGGGGAGGUCCUAAAUUUGAGCAACAGCACAAAUUUGUUCAACGUAAUGUUGAAUGCAUAGAUUUUUCACCUUGUGAAAGAUAUCUUGUCACUUAUUCUCCUAGAGAUGAUUCUAAUGAAAAAAAACUUAGCAUGUGGGAUAUUUUAACUGGUCAAAAAAAACGAUCUUUUGAUGUUAAAGGCCCUUCAAUUUGGCCAAUCUUUAAAUGGUCUCAUGAUGAUAAAUAUGUUGCCUGUAUGGCAGAAAACACACUCUGUAUUUAUGAGACACCUUCGUUUGGUCUGCUUGAUAAAAAAAGCAUAAGCACACCUGGAAUCAGAGACUUCAGCUGGUCUCCAACUGAUAAUAUUAUUGCUUUUUGGCUUCCUGAAAAUAAAGAUGUACCGGCGAGAGUGACUCUUAUGGAAAUUCCAAGUCGCAAUGAAAUCAGAAAAAAUAAUCUUUUUAACGUUGCCGACUGCAAAAUCUUUUGGCAAAAAUCAGGGGACUACCUUUGUGUCAAGGUGGACAGAUUUGCAAAGAAAAAAGAAAAGACAGAACAAAAAUAUACGGAAAGUCUUCAAAAUCUUCAAAAUUUCCAAGGAAUAUCUUAUAAUUUGGAAAUCUUUCACAUGCGUGAAAAACUCAUACCAGUUGAUAGUGUAGAAAUUAAAGAACCUAUUCAUGCUUUUGCAUGGGAACCCAUUGGCAACAAAUUUGCCAUCAUUCAUGGUGAAUCAGGUGCUGUCAGUGUUAGCUUUUAUGGAGUACGCAUGGGAAAUCAGCCAGCAUUCCUUAAAAAGUUUGAAAAGAGGGCUGCCAAUCACUUGUUUUGGUCACCAGCUGGGCAAUUUAUUGUAUUGGCUGGCAUGACAACAAUGUCUGGAGCCCUUGAAUUUGUUGACACAAAUGAUUUUACAAGUAUGAACUUAACAGAUCAUUAUCAAACUUCUGAUAUUGAGUGGGAUCCAACUGGUCGUUACGUCGUAACAUCAGUGGCUAGCUGGAAAACAAGUGUAGACAAUGGAUAUUGGCUGUGGACGUUCCAGGGUAGAAUUUUGAAACGUGUGAACCUCAAUCAUUUGAAUCAAUUCAAUUGGAGACCAAGACCACCCACUCUACUAACUCCAGAGCAAAUCAAGGAUAUUAAGAAAAACCUCAAGAAAUACUCAUCGCAAUUUGAGAGCAAAGAUAGAUUGAGACUCACGCGGGCUUCCAAGGAGCUUAUCGAAAAGCGUCAUCAACUCAUGAAAGAAUUUGAAGCUUACCGCGCUGGACGCGUUGAACAGCACAAUAAUCAAAAGAAGAGACGUCUGGAAUUACGUCAACAUAUUGAUACUGAUGAAUUAGAUUCAGAUACAAAGAAUGUGGAAGAAGAAAUAGUUGAAUUUUUCGUGAAAGAAGAAACUUUCAUAAUUGAUAAUUAAAAUUUUCUAAAAAUUGAAUUAACAUUAUUUUUAGGUCUAAAUUACUGUAAAAAUUCUUAAGGUUUUUUAAAGAAAACCUUGAUAGUUUGUUUAUAGUUAGACACCACAAAAAUCUUUCAUUGCGACUGCGGAGUAUCGUUAUACAAAAACGUGCUUAAACAGUGCCUCAUAUUUGUAUAUAUUUGUAUUAUUUUUAUUUAUGAUUGUCUGUUUCAUUAUUUAUUUCACACUGUAAAUAAAU